AUGGCAUCCUACCUACACCCUUUUAAGUACCUCGACGAUUUCGCCAAGGAGAGCUUCCACAACGAAGACCCAGACUACUGCACUUUACAUGAAAUAGCCUGGAAAAAUAAAGACCGUACCGCCCUUUUCGAGAAUGUCGUUGGCUCCGAGUCUUACAAAUCCCUCAAACUUAUCGUACCAUUAGUUGGCGGUAAACAAAGACGCCUGUUGGUCACUACUGAAUAUAAAACCGCUCUUUCCGAUGCAAAUCUUUGGUUUAACGGACAGGAGGUCCCCAGAACAACGUUUACUCAGGACGAGUCUUAUUGGAUGCCGGCGGUUCACGAAGACCCGAAAAUGGAUUCCGAUGAUAAAGGUGAAGACUUGCAUAUGGGUACUGAUAAAGGUCCGGAUUGGCCCACCUCAUCCGAACCUCAGGGUGUCUUUAUCGUCUGUGGGAUCCCCGGCAUCGGGAAGAGUUGUUUUCUAUAUUACGUUCUCGUAGAACGUCUGCUCGCAAAUCUUCCCACUUGUUUCCAGACUCAUCCCAACGACUUUACCUAUUGGUGUGACAAGGGCGUGUUUCAAUGCACCAUGGAGCGUGUGCGAUUGGGUUUCGUCAUCCCGAGCGAUGUUUGGUUUCUUGUGGAUUCAAACCAGAAGGUCAAAGCUCCCCGUGCAGGCAUUCUGAAUACGUAUGCACGGGUUAUACAAGCGGCUUCGCCACGGAAGGAUCGUCUCGAUUGGGCACGAAAGGAAAAUCAACAGCCCUAUACGUGGAUCAUGAAGCCCAGCCCGCUGCCAGAGUUGUUGAUCAUGAGGCAUUUUUGGGCGCCUAAGCCCACAGUUGAGGAAGUGACGGAAUUUGUGGCGAAUUAUGGUCCAUCUGCUCGCAUCAUCAUUGGCUUUGCUCGUCAGCCCAACCGAUACCGCGCAAUACUGAAGGAGAUCACUGCAGGAAUGACUCUGGAAAAGCUCGAACAACUUUCAAAAAGCCUACAUCGGUUGGACGCUGUUGACGAGGCCAUUUCGCAUCGGAUCCUGGGCAUAUACCCAGGUGAAGAACGCAUCGAUAGAACCCUUGGAUUCCAUACAUCAGAAAUCUACCGUCUCGUAAAAGAAGCUUUCGGACGAAGUUGGGAUGCACAGCGCAUGUUUGCAAUGUUCAAUUCUGUUGGCCAGACACGAGGAACUGCAGGACACCUUUUGGAGGACGUAACUGGAAGGUGA